AUUUGGCACAUAAAUGUUAGGUUAUAUUUAUAAUUUUCAUAUGUUGAUGUAAAAAAUUCAAAACAGAAAGUCGGUAGGGCAUAAAAAUGGAUAUAACGACGUUAUUUAAAGCGUGCGUUAAAACGGUACGUACUACUAACAAAUCCUUAGGAAAUACCGAGCAGAAAUCGAACAUAUUAAAAGUUUCGAAAGAUGCGAACCUGUCCACAGCUAAGGACGUCGUAAAACAAAUAACGAAACUCAGGAAUUUUCUAACCGAAAACAAAGCAGCCUACUUGAACGUCCUCAAUUACCUCUCGACAAACAAAACGAUGAGCGAAUUGGACAGACAACAAGUCGAUACGAUGGCCGAGGAAGUAAUCAACGAAUGCAGAAAACUGAUAAACAGCUUCAAAAAGGAAACCAACGCCAUAACGAAGACUCCCCAAAGAGAAGAACACUAUCAAAACAUCACCGCGACGUUAGAAAAUUACCUGGAAAACGUCUCUAAAAUCUACACGGAAGCCAAAGCGGUCCGAGUGAAGCGAGUCAUCGACACCCACAAACUAUCCAAAUUAGAAACGAAUCCGGCCAACAGAAAACCGGAUCUCCACGGCAACGAUCCCCCGAACAAAGACCCGGAGCCUCGACCGUCCGUCGACUACGACCCGCAGCUAUCCAGCGAGGAAAUGCAGAUGUUCGAGGCCGAAAACGAGAUGCUCUACAACGAACUCAACAGCAUAUCUGACGAGGUCAGGCAGAUGGAGGGCAAAGUGGUGCACAUUGCGGAGCUGCAGGAAUUGUUCACCGAGAAGGUUCUACAGCAGCAGAUUGAUAUCGAACGGAUAGCCACGAACGUGGUGGGUUCGACGGAGAACGUGAAAGAGGCCAACGAGCAAAUCAGGCAGGCCAUACAGAGGAAUGCGGGUUUGAGGGUGUAUGUGUUGUUUUUUUUAUUGGUGAUGUCAUUUUCUUUGUUGUUUUUAGAUUGGUAUAACGAUUAGGUAUUGUGAUUUUUUUUUAGUAUUUAAGCGAUGUCUAUGGAUAAGUGCAAAUUUGUAUGCAAUUCUAUGAGUUGAACGAAGAAAGGUUAUUAUAUUAUUAAUAUCAUAGACCUUUUAACUACUUAAUAGGUCUAAACAGUU